CACGAACGUGUAGUGAGGGCUGUGGCGUGGGUGGGAACGAGAGGUCUCGUGUGCGAGCAAGAGAGACGCGAGCGGCAGUGUGGAGUCGCGGCAGAGGGAGACGCGGUGAGUUUGUUUAUCGCCUUGGUGAACGGAGCGAGAGCAGUCAGUGCGCGGUGCUACGCUCGGUGCGCUACACUCGGCGGCGGUACGGGAAACGCGCGCGAUCGGGCAGCUGCUGUCGGGCAGGAAAUUCGGCCGCGUCUUUCUCUAUCUCUAUCCUCCGUCUCUAUAUGUCUGUCUCUGUCUAUCUCUUCCUCGAUACUUCUCCUUCCAUUUCGGGCGUGUAGUAAUCGUGAGUGCGAGCUCGUGUCUCUCUCUCUCGUUCUCGUUUCCUACGCACAUGUCAGCGGCGACCUGACCGUCUCUCGCCGAAAACGUCAAGAGAGAGAGCAAGUCGUGUCGUGUCGUGUCGGAAGAAGAAUAUGUCGUGGAGCAGCAUCGCUAAGAGAUAGUCGAGGGUCUGCCGUUUAUCGUCGUGUCAUCGUGUGUCAAUCCGUUGACGUUCGCGCGAUCCUCGCUUGUGGCAGCUUUGCCGUCCUCCCUGGAAAUCCCAUCGUCGAGCACGACUGGAAACGAGCGACCGUCACACAUCGGGAUAAGACAAGCGAGCGCCCGCCGCCGCUACCUACCAUCGUCCGCCCGUCUCACGCCGUUCCGUUGACGACGUCGACGACCACGAGCGAGAUUCGCGAGACGUCCAGUGUGUCGUCAUCCGCGCGCGGCAACCAGCCGAUCGGUGACGCGAACGACGCGUCGCAUCCAUCCGUCGCUCGCCAUCUCCGAUGUGAGACUCGCGAGUCCCGGCAAGUUCGAGCAGUCGUCUUUCGCGAAAUCUCCUUCCGGCACGAGGCAACGUAAGUGCGCGUGUCUCGUCGCAGUGCCGAAGUCCGGAACAGCAAGAACCGCAGGGACUCGUCGUGCGCUCGCCCGCGACAUGAUCCUCAGAGUGACAUUGUUGGUGUGCGCGCUGCUGUUGGCCGACGCGAGAUCCGAGCCGAGACCGCGAUCGCGACCAGUGCCCAUCUACUCGAAUCAGUUUGCCGUUUACGUGCCUAGCGGGCAAGAGGCUGCGGACGAAAUCGCCCAGGAGCACGGCUUCGACAAUCAUGGACAGAUCGGCGCACUCAAGAAUUAUUACCUCUUCUCUCACAAGCGGCUGCACAAGAGGUCCCUUACUGUGAGCGAGCCACAUCACAAGACGCUGAGAGAUGAAUCUCGGGUGCACUGGUUCCAGCAGCAGCACGAGAAGAAGCGCAAGAAGCGCGACUUCGAGAGCGCGCCCUACGCGUUCGUCGGCUUCCCUCCGUUCUUCGACUUCCGGCCACGCUCGCGUCAUAUCGGCACGACCCAGCAGCCGCCGAGGAUCCGCGCCAGCUUGCCGCUCCAAAACCUGUUCACGGACCCCCUCUUCAAGGAACAGUGGUACCUGAACGGCGGCGCCAAGGAUGGCUACGACAUGAACCUCGCGCCAGCCUGGCAGAAGGGCUACACCGGCAAAGGAGUCGUCGUUUCCAUCUUGGACGAUGGAAUCCAGACCAAUCAUCCCGAUCUGGCGCUCAACUACGAUCACGAGGCUAGCACCGACAUCAACGACAACGACGACGACCCGAUGCCGAGGGACAACGGCGACAACAAGCACGGCACUCGGUGCGCCGGCGAAGUCGCCGCCGUCGCUUUCAACCAGUACUGCGGUGUCGGCGUUGCCUACAAUGCCAGUAUCGGAGGCGUGCGAAUGCUCGAUGGCCCGGUAAACGACGCCGUCGAAGCCAGAGCGCUGGGAUUGAAUCCUGAUCACAUCGACAUAUACAGCGCCUCCUGGGGUCCCGAGGACGACGGCAAGACUGUCGACGGGCCGGGCCCUCUCGCCAGGAGGGCGUUUAUUUACGGAGUGACGAGCGGUCGCAAGGGCAAGGGCUCGAUCUUCGUGUGGGCGUCGGGCAACGGCGGCAGGCACACUGACUCCUGCAACUGCGACGGCUACACCAACAGCAUCUUCACUCUCUCGAUCUCGAGCGCGACCCAAGGCGGCUACAAGCCGUGGUACCUCGAGGAGUGCAGCUCCACGUUGGCGUCCACGUACUCGUCCGGCACGCCGGGCAACGACAAGAGCGUUGCCACCGUCGACAUGGACGCCAAGCUGCGGCCUGAUCACAUCUGCACGGUGGAGCACACCGGGACGUCGGCGUCGGCGCCGCUCGCCGCCGGCAUCGCCGCCCUCGCCCUCGAGGCGAACCCCAGCCUGACGUGGCGCGACAUGCAGUACCUGGUGGUGCUCACCUCGCGCUCCGAGCCGUUGAACAACGAGUCGGGCUGGAUACUGAACGGGGUGAAGAGGAAGGUCUCCCACAAGUUCGGCUACGGUUUGAUGGACGCCGGCGCUAUGGUCACUCUGGCCGAGCAGUGGACCAACGUGCCGCCUCAGCAUAUCUGCAAAUCCGACGAGAUCAACGAGGAAAGGCCGAUCGACCCCACGUACGGGUACACAUUGAGCGUGUACAUGGAUGUCAGUGGCUGCGCCGGCUCCUUGAACGAGGUUCGGUUCCUCGAACAUGUGCAGUGCAAGGUCUCCCUGCGGUUCUUCCCUCGAGGCAACCUCAGGCUGCUGCUGACCUCGCCGAUGGGCACGACUUCGACCUUACUGUUCGAACGGCCGCGCGACGUCCUCAGUUCCAACUUCGACGACUGGCCCUUCCUCAGCGUGCACUUCUGGGGCGAGAAGGCGGACGGUCGAUGGACCCUGCAGAUCAUUAACGCCGGGAAUCGGCACGUCAAUUCACCAGGUAUCCUGAAGAAGUGGCAGCUGAUCUUCUACGGCACGGCGACGAAUCCGAUCCGGUUGCGCAACCGGCACUUUAACCCGGUACAUUCCGCAUACGCCUCCGCGCGUUAUCCGUUCACAGUAGACGUACCGUCGGUACAGCUGGACUAUCCGGACAACAGCGACUUCUUUUCUACGUCUACCUUUCAGAGCUACCAGGGCCCGUACACGGGGGCAGCGUCGAACGUGCAGGCGUCCGUGGCCACCUUGGACGGCUCGUCGGCGCCUUUACUGACGAACCGGCUGCCCGGCGACGUCUCGUCCGCGGCCGCCUACGACUCGCCCUUGGCGGCGUCGUCCUCGCAGGCGGACGGCUCCUUGGACACAACCAGGAGGAUACUGCACGACUGUGACCCUCAGUGCGACUCGCAGGGUUGCUACGGCAAGGGCCCGACGCAGUGCGUCGCCUGUAAAAAUUACCGCCUCGAUAACACAUGCGUCAGUCGCUGCCCGCCAAGGAGCUUCCCCAAUCAGGGUGGCGUCUGCUGGCCAUGUCACGAGUCCUGCGAGGUGUGCGCUGGUGCCGGCCAAGACUCCUGUCUGUCGUGCGCUCCCGCCCACCUGCGAGUCACCGACCUGGCGGUCUGCCUCCAGCAGUGCCCCGAGGGCUAUUACGAAAAUACCGAGAACAGCACGUGCGUGCCCUGCGAGGCGAACUGCGCCAGCUGCCAGGAUCGGCCGGACAAGUGCACCAGCUGCGAGCAUCACUUGGUAAUGCACGAGAACAAGUGUUACGCCGCGUGUCCUGCUUACACGUACGAGACGCAGGACUACAAUUGCGCGCCCUGCCAUUCCACCUGCGAGACCUGCAACGGCACUGCCGACAAUCAGUGCAUCGUCUGCCGGUCCGGGCUGUUCGCUCUGAACGGCACGUGUCACGCGUCGUGCCCGGCCGGCUACAGCGCCGACAAGAAGCGGCGGGAAUGCGUUGCGUGUCCGCCCGGUUGCGCGACCUGCGCCACGCUGAGCUGCACCAGCUGCGUCGAGGGCUGGAGCCUGAACAAGAAGGGCCUGUGCGCGCCUGAGAACCGCAGCAACUGCAACUCCAACCAGUACUACGAGGACGGCCAGUGCAAGCCCUGCCACUCGUCUUGCGAGACCUGCUCCGGCCCGACGGAUGACGAAUGCAUAUCCUGCCCGAACCCGACGCUCCUCCAGGGCAAACGCUGCGUAUCCCAGUGCGACGACGGCUACUACUCGGUGGUGCAACCCUCGCGGCCGGUCUGCGUGCCGUGCCUGCACACUUGCAAGAGCUGCGUCUCCCGUCUCAACUGCACCGCCUGCCAAGACGGGCUGCAGCUGCAGAGCGGGGAGUGCAGGUCUUCUUGCGCGCAAGGUUAUUACAGCGACAGAGGUCAGUGCGCCAAGUGUUACUUGUCGUGUAAAACGUGUUCGGGACCACGCAGGGACCAGUGCGUCACUUGUCCGAGCGGUUGGCAGCUGGCAGCCGGCGAAUGCCAUCCGGAAUGCCCGGAAGGAUUCUUCAAGUCCAAUUACGGCUGUCAGAAGUGUCACCACUAUUGCCGCACGUGCAAAGGCGAAGGCCCACUAGAAUGCACUUCCUGCCCGCCGCACUCGAUGCUGGAAGGCGGCCUGUGCAUGGAGUGCUUGGGCGCGCAGUACUAUGACCCUCUGACCCAACUCUGCAAGAGCUGCCACUCCGACUGCCGAAGGUGCACUGGCCCCGGCAAGUUCAGCUGCUCCGCGUGCUCGCCGCCCUUGCACUUGGACAAGUUGAACAACCAGUGCGUGCCGUGCUGCACAGGCAAUGAGAAGGGGCCCCAGGCUGAGGAGUGUUGUCUCUGCGACCCGGAAACCGGCGGCUGCAGAAACAGCUCGCCAGCUGGCAAGAGGAGAGUACCGGGCACAGAGUUCUUGACCGACUCGGCGGUCUCUGAGGCAUACGACAACGGGAGGACGAAUAGUAACAAUGAUUCAGCUACAUUAGCUGUGACAGCGGCCACAACCAUGGCGGUCGCCAUCUGCCUCGCGUCGAUCGCGUUAUUCGCGACGAUAUUCAUCGCUCUACAGGCCUGGUCCGGCAGGAGAGAGGCUAAUCUGGGCUACACGCAGCUCGCCGUGAGAGUGGAGCCGCCCGACGACGCGGACGUCGACGACACGACAGAACUGAUGACCUAGACCUCGUUAACAGCGACGUAGCCAAUGACAGGACCUCUCCUCUCGUCAAGGAGUCGCAGCAAGAUCGACGAGUCUCGAUUGUGAUUGGUUCCGCGAGUCAGAAGUUACGUGCUUUCGCGCCGGCGAGGUUCGGGGAUCAGCCGCUCAGGAGAUAACGGGCCGUGAUGGGAUGUAAGAGAUCGCGUGACGCGAUGAGGGGAAAACAAUGAGAAGACACGCACGGAGAAGGAGAGGAGUAGAAAGAGGAUGAGGGUAAAGCGCUGUGGCGAGAGGAGAAAACGCGAAGGUGGAUUCAUCGAAAACGUGAUAGUAGAAGAACUCCGUAGAGUGAUGUAUGCGAAUAAAAAAGAAAAAAAAGGGAGAGA